GAAACCAUUCAUUUGAGAGUUAGUAAGGAUGUGGCUAUUCAGGGAAGUGAACAAUUCGUAUUCGAUAUUGAUGAAUAGGUGCACUGGGGUUAGUCUAAUGAGGGCAAGGUUCCUCAGGAAAAGAAAUAUAGUUCAGUGUAUUCAGAGUAACGUGAGUAGUAGGUACUAACGUAGUAGGUGCAUAUAACUGUUAGGAUGGAAAGUUAUGCUAUUGGAAAGGAUAAUGAAGGAGUACGCAAAGAAAAAAGAUCUAGAAACUGGACACUCAAGACUUUAAAAACAGAAUCGACUGAAAGAACUGACUUCAUAAACAAUUUUUCAGAACCUCCUUCUCUGCAGCGUAGUGCAAUAGUGUCGCUUGCAAUUGGGCUAUGGACGGCGCCUGAUAUAAGGAAUGAACUAACGUAUAUCUUACGCGAUAACGGAUCUCGAGGGAUGAAUGAGUUAGAGAAAAGAAUAUUAGGAAAAUUGUUCGAUAGCUCUUUGCCCUCAUCGCUGAAAACCGAAAUCUCAUACGUCAUUCGACCCAUUAAGUUGCAGUUGCUGAAAGUGUUUCGUAUUUACCGUAGUUGGACAGGAAAUCAAAGAAAUCUCUAUGAGUAUUACAUGAAGCGUGGUACAAUUUAUUGGACAGUUGAGGGGACAGUUGACAUAGUGAAAUCCUGUACGGAAUUAUUCGAUAGCGGAGGCUUAGAUAUUUGCCGUUUGUAUGCGAUAGCCUGCUCUCACUGUUUAGGGGAAUAUGCUUCAAUUUUUUGGGAGAAGAUUUCAGAAGAAUUUGGAAACCGAUUUAGAAUCGCUCGGCUCGGAGAAAUGUACACUUGUCAUUUUAUAAUAUAUUGGACAUGUGUCCUCGAGAAUAAUUUAGGGAGUUUUCUAACUAGACUCAUAGAUCAUGAAAACAUAUACGAUGAUAAGCUUAGUAUUGAUGUAAAUAUGAUUGCUUGUUCGAUUAAUGUAAAUAACAUAGUUGCCCUAAAGUAUUUUUGGAAGAAAUUGUCAGAGCAGGAGAAAAACGAUAAUUUGAGUAAAUGGCUUUUGCAAGCUACUCGACGUGUGGGUAUUCAAAAUCCUUUAAUUUUUCAAAAUCCUUUAAUUUAUCAGUAUUCUUCAGAAACUUUAGAUGUUUUAUGUUUUUUAUUAUCUCAUGUCAAUCGUAUAACUCAAAUGACCGAAUUUUUUCGUAAUCAUUCUCGCGUGUUAGUGUUUUUGUUCGAAUGUUGGCCAUAUCAAAGAAUAUUCUUCUCCAUUAUUUUUGAACUAUUGGAUAAUCUUCAAGAAGACAUUUAUUCAUGUAUAAUGCAGAGUAUUAGUUAUAAGAUGAGUGAAAGUGGAAAUGAAAUGAUGAUUUUUAAAGAAAUAUGGAGUGCCAGUCCAUUAAGACUAAGACAAUCAUUUCUGAAUAAUGAACUUCUUUGCGCCGUCGUGUUGUUGCGUUUGCUGAAAUUAGAAAAUCUGAACGUGGCUGUUACUAUAUUAAAUGAUGCUUCCAAAGAAGAAAUUAAACUAUUUAUCUGCUUUAUUUUUUGUCAGCCUGAAUUUCGCCGUGCAAUUUACUCCAGCAAUCUGAGUUCGCUUCACAUGUUAUUAUCAAAAUCUACCUUGCCAAAAGAAUGUUAUCCCUAUAAAAUAAAUCUUACAGAGCAAAGAGAGCAAGAUAGACUCAUAAUAUCAUGGCUUAUUAGAUUUAGCGAUUGGCAUAUUUGUAUUGAAUGGAUAUGCGAUGGUAACAUCCAAGCAGCUGAGUCCUUCUUGAGAUGGGUUUAUCAAUCUGUGGAAAUUGAAACAUUUAAGAAAACAAUAUCAUCUCCAUAUGUGAUCUAUUUGACAUUAAUAUUUUUGUCCAACUUUGAGCGUGUGGACCAGUUUCUGAAUUGGUAUUUCCAGACUGGAGAAGAAAUUCAACAAUUUAAAGCAGACUUUUUGCGAAAAUGGGGUAAUUAUUUUUUCAAGCGAUUAAUAGACAUGCCGUUCAUUAUAUCAAAAAGUGAAGGCGAUGUGUUACAAAAAUUUAUAAAUUACAACUUGUCUUCUCUUGUAAACGUUACAGAAUUUCGACUUAUUUGUCGUAGUUGUAUAGAGUAUGCACUGAGUAAAGAUUUUCUUGAAAGUGCCACCUUACUUUUGAAUGCAUCUUUCGAUGAUAUCAAUGAAGAAAAGCGAUACAAAAAUGAACUUAUACUAUCUAAGAAAGGAAUUAAAAAGGAUCUAAUCUUAAAGCAAUUACUAACUGAUGCUGACUGGAAUCACGUGAAAGAAAUUGUAAUGUGGUCGUCGCCUCUAUCCCUAAAUACAGUUAAAAAAUUAAAAUCACUAAUUCUGAAGCAGAAGACUAGUCACACUCUAGACUCUUUUCAAGAUGAAUUGAAACCACAGAUUUCAGCACUCUUUCAUUUACUGGAGAAUGUUGUUGAGGAAGAUAGCAGAUGAUAGUUGAACAUUUGUUUUGCGAUGAAAAGGGAAUCCAAAUAAAACCAGUUUCACUGCGCAAUCAUUGUUAAAAGAUGAAUUGUUUUGUAAUGAAUAUGUAACUCCAUUUUUUAGUGCUAGUUGUUUAAUAUUAAUAAAACAAUAUCCGCUAUA